AUGGAUUAUAAUCAAGAAAACAGUGAUGGUAAUAAUUCGAUAUUAAUAUUUAAUCAACCGAAAAAUUCCUUACGUUUUACAUCAUCAACUACAUCAACAUUAAAUUCAACAUCGAAAACAAAUUCUCUUAUAAUAUCAAAACAAUCCAAUAUUAACAUUGAUUAUUCAAUGACUCGAACUAAAUCAUUACGCAAACGCUAUUAUCAACAAAAACAAAAACAAAUAGAACAUUGUAGUUCAUCUUAUUCAACAGCAACAACUAGAAGUAUAUCACCUUCUACUAUAACAAUAAUGAAAAAAAAUGAACAUGAACAAAACUCAUUAAAAAAAUUUUCUAAAAUACAAAAACAAGAAGCUCGACCAUUAGGUAUUUGUUUACGUAAAUGUAUUCAAUGUCGACAACUCAAACAUAUUCUAUUAGCUGAAUGUACUGUAUGUUAUCGAAUGACAGAUGUUGACUUAAAAGAUUGUAAAUGUCAAAUACUUACAAACAAGAAUAUUAUCGAUCAUUUUAUUUGUUCUAUAUGUAAUAGUAAAUUAACAGUCGAUGAAUAUAUUAUUUGUGCUAAUCGAACAUGUCAAACAACAUUAUCUGCAUUGAUAAAUAAAGAAAGUCUUAAUGAAAUUGAAGAAAAAUCUGUUCUUUCUACUAUUCUUACAAAUAUAUAUUAUCCGAAAUCAACACAUAGAACAGUUGCUAUACAAGUUAAUACAUUAAUCAAUUUACCAUUACUUCAAAGAUUUUUACCAACUAUUAUAGAUGAUGAAAAUGAAGAAUCAUCAUCAUUAUCAUGGUCAAAACAUGAUUUAGAUUGGACAAUAAUUACAUCAUCGAAUUCUUCAGAUAUAUCUUCUAUGAGUAAUGAUAGUAAUAUGAAUAUAUCAUUGAAUAAUAUUACAAGGACUAUGACAACUGCAUUUAAUUCAAAUCAACCAACAAAAUUAACUUUACGAUCUGAAAAUAAAUUACGACAACAUCAGUUACAAGUUCGUCAUUUAUGUAUAGACAGUAGUGGACAAAAAACUCCAUUGUAA